UUUCACGCCCAUCACUAGCGCGACCAUCUCGAUAGCUGCACGGCUUGGGAAAGCCACAAGAACAAGCAGACCGACCGACUGCCGGAAAACAGCGCGGUAUUCGCGAAAACGAGUGCGUGCUUUAUUACUGUUGCUGAUUGAUAGUGUCCUUAUUUUCCAACCGGCUAGCUCGUCAUACACCCACACAAACAUACAUAGUGCCGUUCAAUAUUUGUUUCUUUAGUAAACGCGUUCGCUGUGGCAUGAAUGAAUGCGUAACCGCUUGCUUUGAUAUCAGCCAACAAAGCCAGCCAGUGUAACGGGGUGGUGUUCAUUUUUGUUAGUUAGGAAUAAGCGUAAAGCAAAGCAUACUGGAACUAAAUGCGCUUGAUCCAAUCAGAACCAGCAGCAGUGUCUUCGCAGCGAGUUGCAACUAAACACGAUAGGUCGUGGUUAACACAUUUGCAGUAGACAGACGAGACGAAACAGGCUAGAGGCAGGUGGUACACGCGACCAAAGCCCGAAAGAACGAUCUGGGAAAGAUUGUUUCGCCUUUUGUUUUAUCGGGUGCGCUAGUGCGGGAUAAAAAGCGGCAAAGAAAAAGAAGACGCGCGAAGCAUCAUACGGACUUCAUCUGUCAUUCUUCUUCCGAUCUCACCAACACACGCACACACAGGCUCACAUCGCCGUGACACAUCGCGCCUGUUUGUAGGAGAAAAGGGCAACAGAAAGGGGAAGAAGCAGCAGAGGCACGCGGCAUCAACUCGCGCUUGUGGUGCGAAACACCAAAACACCAGUACGAUGCCAGACUACAGCGACCUGGACCGACAAAUCGAGCAGCUGAAGCGAUGCGAAAUCAUCAAGGAGCACGAAGUGAAGGCGCUGUGCGCGAAGGCACGCGAAAUCCUGGUCGAGGAGGGCAACGUGCAGCGGGUCGACUCGCCGGUAACGGUGUGCGGUGACAUACACGGCCAGUUCUACGACCUGAAGGAGCUGUUCAAGGUCGGUGGCGACGUGCCGGAGACGAACUACCUCUUCAUGGGCGACUUUGUCGACCGGGGAUACUACAGUGUGGAAACAUUCCUGCUACUGCUCGCGCUGAAGGUCCGCUACCCGGACCGCAUCACACUGAUCCGCGGCAACCACGAAUCGCGCCAGAUCACACAGGUGUACGGGUUUUACGACGAGUGCAUACGCAAGUACGGCUCGGUGACGGUGUGGCGAUACUGUACCGAAAUCUUCGACUAUCUCUCCCUGUCCGCCAUCAUCGAUGGGAAGAUUUUCUGCGUGCACGGCGGCCUCUCGCCUUCCAUACAGUAUUUGGAUCAGAUCCGGUCGAUCGAUCGCAAGCAGGAGGUGCCGCACGAUGGCCCGAUGUGCGAUCUGCUCUGGAGCGACCCGGAAGACACACACGGGUGGGGUGUAUCGCCGCGUGGUGCGGGCUAUCUGUUCGGGUCGGACGUGGUGUCACAGUUUAAUGCGGCCAACGAUAUCGACAUGAUCUGCCGGGCGCAUCAGCUCGUGAUGGAGGGCUACAAGUGGCACUUUAACGAAACCGUACUGACCGUUUGGUCGGCACCGAACUAUUGCUAUCGGUGUGGUAAUGUGGCAGCAAUUUUAGAACUGAACGAAAACCUGCAGCGUGAUUUUACCAUUUUUGAAGCAGCCCCACAGGAAAGCCGCGGCAUACCAUCGAAAAAGCCUCAGGCCGACUACUUCCUCUAAGUCUAAGGGUUUUGUAUUGCGUUCCGUCUUUCAUUAAUUUCCCCUGUGUCCCGAAGCUACGGCUACGGCUCCGGUAGUGAACAGUGCUGCAGUUCGUGUAAGAAACAAGACAGCGUAAAGUGACGCUCAGCCAUUAGGUUAGAUUGUGACUUCCGGACGUAUGAAAUAUCCCUAGAAGAAUGAUGAAAUCCGCUAUUAAACGCGACCUCUUUUUACUACCUAUGGCUUGUAUACUGUGUGUGUGUAUGUGCGUGUAUUUGGUGCUUAAUUUCCUCCCUUAAAUGUGUAGUCCUAUAGUCCGUCACUGCUCCAGAAGGGCGCCUCCUUGUGUACGAUCUUCGGGUUCAUAUGCCUUGUUUUGUUGUUGUACGUUUGAAAUGGGCACUACUUGGGCACUUUUAACUCCACCAUAUCGUGAAAUCCGACGGAAUGGCUCUGGUUAAAUUGUAUUUGGAUGCAGGCAUGAAUAGCAGGAUAUGUGAAGAAUGGCUCAAUUGUAAACAAAAAGAAAUACAAUUACUUUUCCUGCAAAAGUAUCGUACACUACUUCACAGACAAUCAGCCAGUUAGAGGUGUCUGUUACAGAAGCAAAUUGACAGUUGGAAAGGAAAACUUGCUUACGGAUCCGCAUCCGGACUAGACUGUGUAAAUUAAACGAUAAAGCUAACUUACUUUCCCCCAUACACUCACACACACACAUUUAUCAGAAGUUAUUCACUGAAGGCAGAAGCACGCAGUGCCGUGCAAGAACAAGAUAUUUUAGCAUAAGAAACACGCACGGCAAACUGACGAUGGGUAUGGCAAAGCUAUUACGAUUACCGAUACUCAGGCGAAAUGGACAUAACAAUAAACGAUGGCCAAACCAAGUGCAUUGAUUGAAAAUAGAA